AUGAUCCGUAUUGGGCGGCAGCUCCCCCCGGCGAUCAGGGAAGCCGUCUUAUUCGUACUAAGAGAGUUCUCGGACAUCUUUGCAUGGGGACCGGAGGACAUGCCAGGAGUAGACCGGGCAGUGAUAUGCCACCGAUUGGCUGUCAGUCCGACAGCACGACCGGUGAAACAGAAGACAAGGCAUCUCUCCAAUGACCGCCGGGAAUUCGUCAAAAGUGAAGUCAAAACCCUCACCGAGAUCGGCCAUCUCCGCCCGGUCGUUUAUCCCGAUUGGGUUGCCAAUGUUGUUUUAGUACCCAAACCACCAACAUGGCGGAUGUGCAUCGACUACACAGACCUGAACAAGGCAUGCCCGUUAGACCCAUACCCUCUACCGAGUAUACACCAAAUGGUCGAUGACACGGCUGGUGCGGACCUCAUGAGCUUCAUGGACGCAUUUACAGGGUACCAUCAGAUUUUGAUGGCCGAGGAAGAUGAAGCCAAAAUGUCCUUCGUAACUCCGGACGGGCUCUUCUGCUAUAGAGUCAUGCCGUUCGGACUACGGAACGCCGGGGCCACAUAUCAGAGGAUGAUCAACGCCUUAUUCGAAGGACAGCUCGGUCGAACGAUGGAAGCGUAUGUGGACGAUAUGCUCGUCAAAAGUAAAGACCGGACGGACCACGCCCGGGAUCUUCGAGCAUGUUUUGAGGUGAUGCGCACCUACCGGUUGCGUCUAAACCCGGCAAAAUGCACGUUUGUCGUACAGACCGGGAAGUUUUUGGGGUUUAUGAUGACGAAGAAGGGAAUUGAGCCCAACCCGGCUAAGGUAAAUGCUAUCUUGGAUAUGCAACCACCCACCACAAUCCGGGAAGUUCAGCAACUAACCGGAAGACUGGCCGCUCUCAAUCGAUUCCUAUCCAAGCUAGCGGAAAAGGCUUUACCCUUCUUCAAGACACUAAGAAAGGUCAAUGGAUUCGUGUGGGAUGAGGAGUGCCAAGCGGCAUUCAAGGAAUUGAAGGAAUAUUUAAUGUCUCCGAUCGUCCUCUCUAAGCCAGAACCGGGCGAAGACCUUGACCUCUACCUGGCUGCCUCUGACCGAGCUGUGAGCGAUGCGCUAUGCCGCACUAAUUUCGACGGUGUACAACGACCGGUAUAUUAUGUCAGCCACGCCCUUCAAGGCCCGGAGCUCAGAUACUCCCGCCUCCAAAAGAUGGUGCUCGCCCUCUACACGACCUCAAAGAAACUCACCCCCUAUUUUCAAGGCAGAGUCAUCCGAGUGCUAACCGACCAACCGAUCGGAGCCGUCCUUCGCACGGCUUCUUCUUCUGGCCGCCUUGUAAAAUGGGCUAUGAUGUUAACACAGUUUGCCAUUGAGUACAAGCCUCGCUCGGCUAUCAAAGGACAGGCACUAGCAGACUUCGUCGUUGAAUGUACAGCCAGGGAGGCCCCAACCGCAGAUCAGCAGGUUCAAGAUGUUUCAUGGUGGGAAGUCGCCACCGACGGAUCAAGCAGUCGGAAAGGCUCCGGAGGAGGUGUUGUCAUCACAAGUCCCGAAGGAUUCAAAGUCUACUACGCCCUGAUCUAUCAGUUCUCUCCCACAAAUAAUGAGGCAGAGUAUGAGGCCUUCGUCGCAGGAUUGCAGUUUGCAAGGGACCUCGGAGCAGAAAGUGUAAGGGCUCGAACGGACUCGUCACUAGUAGUCGGGCAGGUCUUGGGAGACUUUGAAGUCAAUGGCGAACGACUAGGGCGCUACCGAGACCUAGCGAUCGAACGUCUAACCGCUUUCAGGACAUAUGCAGUCCAACAUGUUCCCCGGCUAGAUAACGCCGACGCUGAUAUCCUCUCGAAGUUGAGCGUGGAAGCACCCGAGCACAUCUCUCAAGUAGCCCGGGUCCUCGUCGUACAGUACCCUUCCAUCGACCACCGACAGGUCCUGCCGAUCCAACCGGUCGAAGAGAAUUGGAUAACCGAUAUAAUGAGAUACUUAGAAGACGGUCGGCUCCCGGAUGAUGAGGCGAGAGCCCGAAAAGCCAAGCUCCGAGUGCCAAGGUUCCAGAUACAGGAAGGCCAGCUGUAUAGACGGUCGUACGGGGGCCCGCUCAUGAGAUGUCUAUCCGGCUUUGAAGCCAAGCUAGUCAUGGACGAGUUUCAUGCAGGAAUAUGCUCGUCACACCAGGGCGGGCGAUCGUUAGCUCGGCGGAUAAUGUUGAUUGGAUACUACUGGCCGUCGAUACAGCUCGACUGUGAGAAGCUCACCAAAGAAUGUGAGACCUGUCAAAUAUUUGCAAGGAUGCCCGGACGACCGGCUACCUUCUACCACCCGGUCAGCACAGCCAUCCCCUUUGCACGAUGGGGGGUAGACAUUGUUGGACCGUUUCCCCAACUAUCGGGUCGACGGAAAUUUAUAAUAGUCGCGAUAGAUUAUUUCUCCAAGUGGGUGGAAGCGGAACCCCUCGCGACGAUCACGUCACAGCAGUGUGCCCGUUUCAUAUGGCGAAACUUGGUUUCAAGGUUCGGGGUGCCGGUGCAGAUUGUUACAGAUAAUGGAAGACAGUUCGAGGGCCAACACUUCAAAAACUUCCUAGCGACGAUCGACACAAAAUCCAUCCGGUCGUCCGUAGCAUACCCCCAAGGGAAUGGGCAAGUGGAAAAUGCUAAUCGGACAAUCUUAGAGGGUCUAAAUAAAAAACUCCACUCAGCCGGCCGGUCAUGGGCGAACGAGCUCCCGUUUGUCCUGUGGACAUACCGCACCACCCCGAGAGAGGCGACCGGCGAAACGCCCUUCACUUUAGUCUAUGGAGCCGAAGCACGUCUACCUGUAGAAGCAUGGAUUGCGAGCCCGAGGGAGAGUGGAUACGUCGAAGGAGAGAACGAUGCAGCCCGAUCCUUAGAUCUGGACUGUAUCGAAGAAAGAAGAGACCUAGCGGCCAGGAGAAUCGCCGACUACCAAAAAAGGAUCAAAGCUGCUCGGGACGUCCGGGUACGACCGCACUACUUCCAAGUCAGGGACUACGUACUAAGAAGACGCGAAGCCAGCCAACCUCAAGAAGGAGGGAAAUUGGCGCAGAACUGGGAAGGCCUAUAUGUGGUGUCAGCAGUAAUACGCCCGGGUACCUACAAGCUCGAAACGACAACCGGCAGACAGGUUGACCGGACGUGGAACUCAGAGAAUUUGGUGAUGUUCCAUCAGUAG